CACACUUUACACAUUUUUUGCCUUUGAAAAGUAGUAAAUGUGGUUCUCUAUUUGGUCGGACUCGGACAGUUCGUACUUUUUGCAGCAGGUUAUGAACGGUUAGUUUCUUUGGUUCUGCUUUGUUAACUAACAAAUUGUAACUAGUUUGCCAAGUUGUCGUAGAGCAAUAAGGAAACAGUGCGCUCCAACGUUUUGAAAGAUUUAGUUAUUUAAUAUGACAAUGCACAAAAAAAUUCGAAUCAGUUCAGUCAAACGAGGACACCAUAAAAAACAUAAGAAAAAUGCAGCUGAUUCUGGAAAAAAAGUAUCCAAGGUGAUAAAGACCGAGACGAAUAUUUUCAGUAAAAAAUACAAGAUAAAGCCGCAAGCAAAUGUGCGGCAAAAAAACAAAAUCAAACAUAGCUUGCCUAUACUUGAUACUGUUGAUGUCGGAGACAUGAUUAAUAGUACAGACGAAUCGGAUGCAGAAUUAGAAAAAACCCAGAAAUCAGAUUAUGAUGAAAUGAAACAUUCUAGCGAACAAAUAGAAAAUGCAUAUCACAGCGAGUUACAAAAUAAGCACUAUUCUUCAAAUAAAACUAAACAACUCCUUCCUAUUAAAACACAUAAGGAUGGAAUCAUUUCUCGCAGUGCAAAUGUAUACGAAUCAACUGCAGAGUUAGUUACCUCAGAGGAAUCGCGAAGUAUAAAGCAUGAAGAUUCAGGAUCAGAAACUCAACCAAAUGAAGUAAAAGUUCCAAUGGGUAUAAGUGAUUUGUUGGUUGAGAGGAACAACGAGAUAGAGAAACAAAAGUACAUAAUUGGUUCAACUUGUGCAUCAAUCGUUGAAAAUCCUGAGCUAAAAAUUAAGAGUCUUACUUUGCUUUUGGAUCUGAUCGGUGAGAAAACUCAGUGCGGCAGAGUCAACAUGUUUGUUAUUAGGAAGCUGGCAUUAAUUUCUUUAAAGGAGGUAUUUAAAGAUAUUGUUCCUGACUAUCGAUUGGGAAUAAUCGACGCGAAUUCGCAAAAAUUAAAAAAGACCACCUUGGCUCGCGUAAACUAUGAGAAAGAACUUCUCCUUCAUUACAAAAACUUUCUAAUACUAUGCGAAGAAUGCACACGCGUGUUAAACAGUAAAAAUUCCGGAUGGGAUGAAAAAUCAUUAGAACGGGAGCAAAUUGCAGAAAUAGCCGUGCAGUGUAUAUGUGACUUACUUAUUGCACAUCCUUAUUUCAACUAUAGCUUAAAUAAGGCCCAGAUGCUAGUAGUAAUGCUUAACAAUAAUCGUGAAGCAAUUCGCAAAGCUGUUCAUGUAUGUUUCGUGGCGACAUUCAAAACUGAUAACCGAUACGAUAUGAGCAUCCAUAUUGUUCGUCAUAUAAAUCAAUUGGUUAAGAAAAAGCAGUAUAAUGUGUAUCCGGAAAUGGUUUCUUGUCUUAAAUUUCUGCGAAUUAAAGAGGUCAAUGUUGAUGCUCAGAAGGAAAAAGAGUUGAAGCUUAAAAAACUCGAAGCCCAUAAGUCACGAGUUAUAAACAUGUCCAGACAAGAGCGUAAGCGCAAAAAGAAAUUACAAGAAUUGGAGAAGGAAUUGUUCGAAACCAAAGCAGAGGAAAGUAAACAAAAUCAGCUAAAAAAGUUGACUGAUCUGACCAAACUCGUGUUUAUUAUACUUUUCCGUAUACUAAAAACUGCUCCAAAAUCGAAACUAUUGAGUGUAACUCUUGAGGUCCUCUCAAAGUUCGCGCAUACCAUAAAUAUCGAUUUCUUCUCAGAUUUGAUCGAUGUGUUGGAUAAUCUUCUAGUGCAUGCUGGUCUUGGCAACCGGGAGCAAUUGCACUGUAUUCAAACAGUCUUUACGAUUCUCAAAGGACAAGGAGAAGUACUAAAUAUUGAUCCCGCACGUUUCUAUACACAUUUAUACAAAAACCUCUUGUAUAUCAAUGCUGCCAAAAAAAGCGACGAUAUAGAACCAAUAAUAAGCGCUCUGGAAAGUGUACUUUUGAAACGUCAUAACAAUAUAACCUAUCAUCGUUAUUUGGCGUUUAUUAAAAGAAUUGCAAUGAUAACACUGCAGCUUCAGCACUCUGGAGCUCUCGGAUGUCUUGGAGUUAUAAGGACGGGCUUUGUUUUGAACUCUACAUUGGAUGUUUUGCUUGAUACAGAAUCCGCCAUUGGAUCGGGAGAAUAUAACUCGGAAAUCGAUGAACCUGAAUUCAGUAAUGCGAGUUCAACAAGCUUAUACGAAGUAGCAAGUCUUAAUCGACAUUAUCACCCUAUAGUGAGAAAGCUAGCCAACAAUAUUUCUAAUAGCGUACCAAGCGCAGGACCUGGAGUUCUUCCUCCCGCAUUAGGAAAACUAACACCUAUUGAAUUGUAUGCUAAACACGACACUACGCAUAUGGAGUUUAAUCCCGGAAUUCCAUCACCAAAAGAGAAAAAUCAAUUACCUGAAACAGCACGCCAUAUUUUCAGCGACCAACAUCUUGAAAGUUUUUGCUUCAAACAAAAAUAUGUACAACGCAAAGAAGCUGAGUUUAACUUCAUGGAAUCUUGCUAACUAACGUGGAAUAUAAACGUAACAGCAUCUCAAACCCUGUGUGGUUUGCAUUAGCCUAGGAGUAUCCAAAUUUUGCAAAAAUUCUUGAGAUUCUGCAAAAAUAAAUUUAUUA